AUGCUUUGAAUUUUUAUAGUUUUUAAAAAUGAAUCCUUUAUUAGAGGAGAUUUGAUUUUGGCCCUCCACAGCAUGAACCUGAGCCCAGAACACCACUUGAGCAGAUAUUCUAAUAUCUUAUUUUAAAUAGAAUGCUUAAUUUUCUGGCCUCUAAUGAUAUCACAAGAAUCUUGACUAUCAAUGAGAAGUUACUUGCUUUCCAAUCCGUCUUGAAACGGGGCCUUAGGCCGUGUAGAUCAAUACUAGAUUGCUUCUAUAGGAUCAGCCUAUAUUGUUACCACCUGUACUCUUCAUUUGGAGGAAAAUUUUAGUUUGUUUUCUUCUUUCUAUCAAAGUUACUCAGCCCCAAGCACCAUCAGGAGUGGCCCCCAAACAAAACAACCCCCUAAAAUGAUUGUAGAAGAAAAAUGACACUGAACAGCUCAGUAUAGACUAUAUUUCAUUGUGUCUACGAUGUAAUAAGUUAUAAGACACACUACCAUUUUGUUAAUCUCUGGGAAAUAAUGCUACCAAUAAAAACAUGACAUGCAGUUCUAAGAUAGCUCUUGGUAACACAGAUGGUCAAACAUGCAUCAUAGGAUUUUUGUGCAUUCCUUUCCUUUUUUGAGGUAGACCCUGUGCUCUUUUUUUUUUUCUGACUACAAAAUCUCACGGCUUAAAAAAAGCAAGACACACAUAGUUUGAAUAUUUUUUCUGGAGAUCCCAGAGAAAGCCCUGCUUUCCGCCCUGAGAACAAACGGCCUAUGUGAGUCACACACUUUAUCUUCAGGCUGGCUGAACGCCCCCAAAUCUGUUUAGUGAUGUAGAGAAGUCGACUCAAGUGGUGUCAUGAGAUCCCAGCGCACGGUCACCUCUAGAAAGGGUUUGGGUUUUUAUGCCAGGCACCGUGCCGUGUGGAACAGCAUAAGACUGCCCCUUGAAGUAGACCAGUGUUCUCGAGAAUGUCACCAUGCUGAAACCCGGCACACAGGGAAGUAAAAAGGAGGAAAGAUUUCCUCUCCAGGGAUUUACCCUUGGACACAAAUGAAGAAACUCAAAAGCAUGCACAAAACUACCUCCCCAGAGGAAGGCUAGUCCCUUUUCCUCCCCUCCCUUUCAUCAUGAACAUAGUAGAAAGCAGCGAAUUCUUAUCAAACUUGAUGAAGAGCGCCGCCACAUUUGAACUGAAAUAUGACUUUUCCUGUGAGCUCUACCGGAUGUCCACGUUCUCCACCUUCCCGCCUGGUGUGCCUGUCUCGGAAAGGAGCCUGGCUCGAGCGGGCUUUUAUUACACCGGUUCGAUGGACAAGGUCAGAUGCUUCUGCUGUGGCCUGAUGCUGGAUAAUUGGAAACAAGGAGACAAACCUGUGGAAAAGCAUCGGAAGCUGUACCCCAGCUGCAGCUUUAUCCAGAAUCUAAAUUCCUCCCUCAGCCCUGGGGCCUCUGUCCAUCCGACUUCUCCUUUGGAGCCCGAUUCCACACAUUCCCUGCUCCCAAGUUGGGAAAACAGUGGCUAUUUCAGUGGCUCUUAUUCAAGCUUUCCAUCAAACCCGGUGAACUCUAGACCAAAUCAGGACCUCUGUUCCCCAGGGAUGGGGCCCUCCCCCGGUGCAAUGGGCACCGAGAAAGCCCGGCUGCUGACAUUCAGGACGUGGCCCUUGGCCUUUCUGUCACCCGCAGACCUGGCCAAAGCAGGCUUCUAUUACAUCGGGCCCGGAGACAGGGUGGCCUGCUUCGCCUGUGGUGUCAAACUGAGCAACUGGGAACCCAAGGAUGAUGCCAUGUCAGAGCACCUGAGGCACUUUCCCAACUGCCCGUUUCUAGAAAACCAGCUUCACGCCUCGGCCCCCUACACCGUUUCCAACCUGAGCCUACAGACGCAUGCAGCCCGCCUCAGGACCUUCUGCCACUGGCCGGCCAGCGUCCCAGUCCAUCCCGAGCAGCUCGCCAGUGCAGGUUUUUAUUACGUGGGUCACAGCGACGAUGUCAAAUGCUUUUGCUGUGAUGGUGGGCUGAGGUGCUGGGAGUCUGGAGAUGACCCCUGGGUGGAACAUGCCAAGUGGUUUCCCAGGUGUGAGUACUUGGUACGAAUUAAAGGACAAGAGUUCAUCAGCCGGGUCCAAGCCAAUUACCCUCACCUGCUUGAACAGCUGUUAUCUACUUCAGAAAAUCCAGAAGAUGAAAUUGCAGAGUCUCCAAUCCUUCACUUUGGACCUGGAGAGACACCGUCGGAAGAUGCUGUCAUGAUGAAUACACCUGUGGUCAAGGCGGCCUUAGAAAUGGGCUUCAGUAGGAGGCUGGUCAGACAGACAGUGCAGAGCCAGAUCCUCACAGCUGGAGAGAACUACAAGACAGUUAGUGAUCUUGUGGUAGAUUUACUUAAUGCAGAAGACGAAAUAAGGGAAGAGGAGAAGGAAAGAGCAGCUGAAGAAAAAGAAUCAGAUGAUCUUUUAUUAAUCCGGAAGAACAGAAUGGCACUUUUUCAGCAUCUGACUUGCGUGCUUCCAAUCCUGGACAGUCUACUGACUGCUAGAGUAAUUACUGAACAAGAGCGUGAUGUUAUUAAGCAGAAAACACAGACCUCUUUACAGGCCAGAGAGCUGAUUGACACUGUUUUAGUGAAAGGAAAUUCUGCAGCUGCCAUAUUCAAAAGCACGCUGCAAGAAACGGACCUCACCUUAUACAGGCAUUUAUUUGUUCAACAGGACAUGAAGUAUGUUCCCACAGAAGAUGUUUCAGAUCUACCAGUGGAAGAACAACUGAGGCGACUUCAGGAGGAGCGCACGUGUAAAGUGUGUAUGGACAAAGAGGUGUCCGUAGUGUUCAUCCCCUGUGGCCACCUCGUCGUCUGUAAGGACUGUGCCCCUGCCCUAAGAAAGUGUCCUAUUUGUAGAGGGAUCAUCAAGGGGACAGUCCGUACAUUUCUCUCAUGAAGUUUUGCCCAAACCAAAAAAUGGAUGGAUUAAAUGUGCCAUGAUUUUUAGUUUCAUGCCAAUGUUUUCAGAUUUUUCCAUUCAUUUACAGUUUAGAAAACUUUAUGUAACUCUGUGCUGAAAACAUAUGGACACAUCUAUUUUAGAUACUAAGAGGAUAAUAGACUUCUGUUUUUAUCAACAGGACAUAGGGAUAGCACCAAGAGCCCUUGUUAAAUAAAGCCCUCAGCUCUGUGACACUGUAAGUGAAGUUAGAGCCAAGGGCUCUGGGUGGAUCUUUAAGAAUGUUAGUAUUUUGGAGUUGUAUUAACAGCCAGCCAUUCAUUGAAACCUAUGCUUCCCCUGUAUGGAGUGUGGACUGAGCUAUUUGUUGAACUAGAUUUUAGGGACAUGGUGCAGGGGAAAGAGUUCUCUGAGUAUGGUUUGGCCCCUGAGCACUGCUUGAUGUAACUCUGGUGGCUUCCAGAUUCCCUGAUACCUGCUUGGAGGCUCAGUACUCUUCCCCCACAAAACUUCUGUGGGAAUCAUUUUGUUUUUUGGUGGGGGAAACUGAGCCACUCCUAGCUUUGUGCUUAGGG